AUGGUCAGCGAUAAAAGCAGUAGUAGUAAUACAGCAGCAACAACAACAACAUCAACAAUGGGAAAGAGAAACAAAUUAAAGUCUGUGCAGACUAUCACCGCACCUCACCGUGCCGGUAAUGGUCACAACAACAACGACGACGACAAUGAUGAUGAUGGUGAUGAUAAUGAUCAAGUGUUGACAACUGCUGUCAUUGUCGAUGAUUCAACUACCAUCAAUGGAACAAGAGGAGGUUUAGGUCAAGAUGAAGACCAACAAGAGGAACAAGAAGGUAUCGAGUUGGAUCAAGACAUUGAGUUUUAUGAUGCUUCUAGCAAUAACAAUAACAAUAGUAUUGAUAGCAAGAAUAUAAAGCAAGACUUGGAACACAACCAAACAAUAUUUACAGAGUUGGUGACAACGACAACGAUCGAUUGUUGGCGAUCACGAGAAGAUCCUUUAGAAUGGUCAAUCAAGAUACUACCACUAUUAAACGAGUUUGAACAAUAUACAAUCUAUGAUAAUCAUCAAAACUAUAUUCUUUGUGAAAUAUUAAUUCAACAGAUGCAUGUUGGGGUAUCACCCAGUCCAUUAUUAGUAUCAUAUCUUAGAUAUGCAAUUGCUACAAAGAUGGUAUUCACUACUCAUUUGUGUGACCUUUUGUAUCAAUAUGCUCAACCCGAUCGAUCAAAACACUUUUCUGCAAUGUUAAGUGUCAUUAGUGAUAUUGUAAACCUCCCAUCCGACAGUUUUAAUUCUCUACCUCCAUUUAUAAAGAAAAGAAAUCAAAGUAAUAAUAAUAACAAACAAGAUGAAGAGGAGGAGGAACAAGAAGAAGAGGAGGAAGAAAAGGUUGAAUUAUUAAAAGAUGAUAAUAAUAAGAGAAAAAGACAAAAUGGAAGAUUACAAGAUGAUGAUGAUGAAGAUGAAGAAAAGGAAAAAGAAAAUAAUAAUAAUGAUAAUGAUAAUAAUAGUCAUUUAUUAAAAAAGAGAAAGAAUCAAAUUGGAUCACACGAUAAUUCAGUUUAUGAAAAAGAAUUGGAACAACAAGAUAAUGAUGAUGGAAAAGAAGAUAUUCAAAUGAAUGAUGGUGAUAAUCAACAACACCAACAACAUAAUCAAAAACAACAACAACAACAACAACAGAAAAAGAAAAAGAAUCAUCAUUUUAGUGAAUUCAAAGAAGAAGAGGCAGUACCAAAAUUAAUGGUAAUUUUAUUUAAAGGAUUGAUUUAUUAUUUCAAUAACAAUAAUAAUAAUAAUAAUAAUAAUGUUGGUAAUAUUGGUAUUGAUAUGACAACAAUAUUGGGAAAUGGAAUAGUAUGUUCAAAUUUAAUUUCGGCGAUUGUCAAAAAUCAGGCAGUGUCAAGUGCCAUUUAUUUCUGUCAACAUAGUAGUGCACAACUCUACAGAGAGCUAUCAGACAUGUUUGUGGCAAUCGAGCAAAACGCCAAUCGAAUGGUCAUCCCCUAUGGAAUCAGCAAUAUAUUUAAUUUGGAGUUGGUCACCAACAUUAAAAGUCUACUCUUUACACCGUACCUACCACACGAAGAAAUCAAAUAUUUGGCCUAUGACAACUCCCAACUUCCUAUCAAUCAAGACCAAUCUAUCAUCUUUCAAUUAUUAUUAGAAGAGUUAAUUACUGGUACAAGACUUAGUUGUACUACUCAAUCCAAUAAUAAUAAUAAUAAUACCAAUAAUAAUAUAGUACAAACAGAAGAUACAUUUUAUAAAUUGGUUUGUUAUAGAACACUCAAGAAUAUGACAUAUACCAAUUUUAUAUUUGAGAUUGUUCGAACACUCAUUCAAAGAUUGUCAUUGUGUAUGAUGGAUGGAGCAACAAGUGCACAAUUUAAAAAGGUCAAGAUGGUAUUACUGUAUCGUAUACCCAAGUUGUACGAGUCGCUCAUACACUACCAUAACAGUAGUUGUGGCGGCGUUGGCAGUGGCGAUAACAUCGAUACACCUAUUGGCAGCAUGGAAGGUGCUCUACACUUGGUUCUUCAAAUCUGUCCAGAACUUGAAGGUGAAGUCAUACUCCCACUCAUCUUUAUCCUCAUUCGAAAGAAUUUAGUAUCAUCUACAGUUAUCAAAGACAAAUUCCCAUCUCUUACAAGUGACAUUGAAUCACUUGAAUAUGAAAUUCAACAACAACAGCUCAAUCAUCCAUCAGCUCCUUCAUCACCAACAACAAUAGAUUCAUUAUAUUCUUCAUCAUUUCAAAUUCGUACUUUAAAUGAUAUAAAAACAAUUAAAUUUAUAUUAAAAAUUUAA